GGAAUUAAGAUUUUCCUUUGUGUUGUUUUUUAUUUUUAUAAUUGCAUUGUUUGUUAAGUUGGGAUAUAUGGAAACUGCAAGUGUUUCUCGAGAAUGAAAGCAUAGCUUUUGAUCGUGUCAGUCACAGUGGAGGGAACUGUUUAUCGUUGCUGAAGAACUGCCAAAGAACUGAAAAACAUGGAGACUGAGUGCGAGCAGUGGGCAGAGAGCCAAACUGAUGAGGACAGUGACACAGAAGAAGUCCUGUGUGGAAUCCAUGAGAGCUGUGCCACUGACCUGUAUCACCACCCCCAGCUGGAUACUGACAUUGAGGCCGUCAGGACUUUGUAUUCAGACUCUGCAAUCUCUAUCAGGGAGUAUGCGUCAAUUGAUGAUGUGGAUGUUGACUUAAACAUUAAUGUCAACUUUCUGGAUGAGGAAGUGGCCAAAGCUUGGAGGGUUAAUCCAUCAGAGCCCAUCGUUAUCCGUCUACACUUCUCUCUGUCUCAGUAUCUGGAUGGACCUGUGCCUUCAGUCGAAGUCUUUCAAUCAUCGAACACAGAUAAUUUCAGCCUUGGGAAACAACUACAGAAUAUUCUCACAGUCUUCUUAUCUCGGGAGUGGAAACAUCUGACCAACGAGAACAUCGUAGUCCGACAGAGGAGCAGACACAGUUGGUUCAGGCCAAGGGAAAACAUCAAGAAAUUUAGAGCAAGACUUAGCAUCUGGCUCCUACUGUCAAAGUCCAAUGAGCUCCAGGAACAAAAGAUAAUUUUACCAGCGAGGAAACAGAACCGUUUCACAAAUCAUACAUCUUCCUACACUAGCAAGAAUCACAGAGGGGAGCUCUUCGCCUACACAGCCAGUGGGAAGAGGGUGGUGGUAUCUGCAGUCAAGUCAUCAGCACAGCUUAGUACCAAACAGCUGAUAGAGCUGCUUUUCUCCUCCCAGGCCAUCAGGCACUGUAAGACCACCCCGACUCUGCAGCAUGGCUUCUUGGUACAGAUAAUUAAGUAUGCUGAGCAGAGAAUCCCUACACUGAAUGAAUACUGUGUGGUCUGUGAUGAGCAACAUUUGUUCCAGAAGGGGCCUACGUUAAAGCCAGCAGUUUGCACCAGGGAGCUAUGUGUGUUUUCUUUUUAUACCUUGGGGGUUAUGUCUGGAGCUACAGAAGAGGUUGCCACUGGUGCAGAGGUAGUUGACUUGCUGGUGGCCAUGUGCAGAGCCGCCCUUCAGUCUUCACGCAAGAGCAUCAUAUUUGAACCGUACCCUUCUGUUGUUGACCCGUACAACCCCAAAACACUGGCAUUUAGUCCUAAGAGAAAGAGCUAUGACAGGCUGCAAAAAGCUCUGGACAGCGUCUUGUUAAUCAGGAGGAUAGCACAGGGUCCAAAUUCUGAAAUAAAGAAGCAGAUGGACAAGAUAGACCCUCUCGCUCAUCCUUUAUUGCAGUGGAUUUUAGCAAGCAACAGAUCACACAUUGUCAAGCUUCCGCUGAACAGGCAACUUAAGUUCAUGCACACACCCCAUCAGUUCCUGUUGAUCAGCAGCCCUCCAUCCAAAGAGGCUCGUUUUCAAACUGCCAAGAAACUUUAUGGCAGCACCUUUGCUUUCCAUGGUUCCCACAUCGAAAAUUGGCACUCUAUUUUGAGAAAUGGGCUGGUUAAUGCCUCUUAUACAAACCUACAGCUUCAUGGAGCUGCAUAUGGAAAAGGCAUCUAUCUGAGUCCUAGCUCAAGCAUAUCAUUUGGAUAUUCUGAAAUGGGUAAAGGGCGACACCAAAUACCCACCAAAGAAGAACUCAUAAAGAAAUACAACCACAUAAACAAAAUCAAACAGGAACAGCCGGGGCAAACCAGGUUUCUGCAAAACAGGAACCUAAACUGCAUUGCUCUCUGUGAAGUAAUAACCUCAAAGAACCUUCAUAAACAUGGGAACAUUUGGGUGUGUCCGAUAUCUGACCAUGUGUGCACACGUUUCCUCUUUGUGUAUGAGAACGGCCAGGUGGGAGAUGUCCAUAUCAACACUCAGGAAGCCAAGAUCCACAGGGAAAUUUUACAACUAAUUGCUUCAAAGCCGUGCUGAGGCUUGGAAGCAAGUACAAAACACUGACUGAAAUAGGUCUUAUUUUCUUUGUGGCUAAACUUAUUAAUUUUGGAUUUACCCUCUGCUGUAAUUUGAAUCUGUGUCAAACUCUGUACUGUAAGCACAUAUUUUGUACAUUUUUAUAACCAUACAUUUAAAAAAUAAAAUAAAAGGUUCAAAUAUU